AAAAUCUGGCCUCGCCGACAUCAUCCAUUUUGGAAUUUCCUGUACAACAGAGUGACAAUUAACACAUUUCCUCUUUAAAAAAACUAAACAAAUGGCGGGGUUACCUCGAAGAAUAAUCAAGGUUAUUAAGCCAUAUUCUUUGUUUUUUUACAUGCCUUUAUAAAAAUUAAGCCACGCUAUACGUGCUCUUUUCAAACCUUGAUAUUUCAUUCUAUACACACAAUGCCCUGGCCCUAGUCUGGGCUAAUAUAGUAGCCUGACUACUAAGUUACUAACUAAUUAUCGGGGUAAUACCUGCGACUGUGUACAGUAACGUGUACUGUAGUAAGUGUGUAAACUGUAGGAGAAUUCUAGCUAAAUAAAUUUUAAAAUUGAUUGACUAGGACCCUUUGGGCUGCUACAACUAUUCAUGAGGGUGAAAGAUCUUACAUUUUUUCUUUUGGCUUCAAUUGAGAAUUUUUUUUAUUGACACCUUUGCUCGCAUGGUAUUGUAAUGGCUGUGGUUAUUGGCAUUAAUAUUAUAGCUUUUAGGGAGCUAUUUCUUGUAAACUACCAAUAGCUUCUAGAGAGCUAUUGGUACUCUACUACUAUUACUAUUAGCUUCUCGGCGACUAUCGGUUGUGUCGGUAAAUGUUGAGAACAAGGCCCCCGAUGGCCGCCAUCUGGGUUGACACAACCAGUUAAUUCUGUCACUAAUGUAUCCCUAAAUCGAUCCCUCAACCUAACCUAAACCCUAAUUCACUGCAACUAAAAUAAACACGCAAAUGACGUCAUGGGCUUCGUUCUCAACAUUAGCCGUAGUGUCUAUCAAAAAACACUAAUUGGUGAUUGAUUGAUGUAGACUUUUUUGUAUGGGUAGUGCAGUACUGACUAAGUAUUGUUGGUAGUCACUUAUAGUAUUGUUGGUAGUUACUAUUUUUUGAAGGUAGAUUUGGAGAGAUGUCACCACAUGGCCGCCAUCUUGGUUGACACGUCCAAUUCAUUCUGUUACUAAACCUAAACUAAAUGUAUCCCUAAACCUAACCUCAACCCUAAAUUUAUCCCUAAACUUACCUGAACCCUAAUUCACUGCAACUAUUAUAAACAUGCAAAGGGCGUCAUGGCGUCAUCUCUCCAAAUUAGCCUUUUUUAAUUACGUCAUUGAAAUCACUCUUAAGUAGGUAUGUGAAAUUCAGACUUUUUACAUCAUUAAUACAACAUGUUGCCAAAAAAACGUAUGCCUACAUUUUACAAAGGUCAUAGAGCACUUCAAAAUUUAUUUACAUUUGGUCUGUAUCAUAAAUUAUUUAAAUAUAUUAGGCAGUGUCUACACGUCCGGCGCGCCGGACGUCUAUCUCCCGCACUAUGUGUCCGGCGACCAAGUCACAUGACCGCCGUAACAAAGUGGCGAGAGAUAUCGUGUCGGUCAGCCUUGUCACGUGACUGCGAAUAAUUCAAAACUAUUGUUAAUUUUAAAAUCUAUUUCUCUACCAAGUAAUGUACUGAGUAUCUUGAAUGCAAAUAAUAGAAAAAGAAACUUAAGUGAAAGUGGCUUGUAAACAUUUUUGUUUAGUUUGUUAUUUUUUGUGUACCAGUAAUCCAUAAAAUAAAUUAGGGGCCAGUGUGGCAACCAAUAAAAGUUAAAGAUUUCAUUUUAAAUUAUUUCAAUUGCUACAAAAUAUUUAAAAACUUCUCAUGAAACUACUGUUGCUGAGGAACAUGAUAAUAUAAAUAUAUACAAAAUAUUUUAAUUAAAAUGGGAAGAAAAAAAACGACCCUAUCCCCGGUAUAGAUCCUCAAACAUUCCUAUCGUCAAGCAACCACUCUACCACAAGACCAGACAAGAUGUACUAAAUCGUACUUCGUUUGGAAUUAUAAAAACUACUAGCCGUCCGGCCAUGUCCGGCGGUCACGUGACAAGUCGCCGGACGUGUAUCUUGCGCGCUACACGUCCGGCGCGCCGGGCGUGUAGACACUUCGAAUAUAUUAUAGCAAUUUAGAUAAGAACUCUAUUUUAUAAAGACAGCAUAUUGAAACUUUUCUAAAGCUUUGAUGGCAUUUUCCAAAUCUUUGAAAGUAUCAAAAUAGCAAUUUAAAAUUAAAAUUCUUUCAGGAUUCAUUAUAUUAUCGGUGUUGUCACUAGUAUGAAAUAGUAACAAAUGAACAGGGCAACACUAUGCCCUCGUCAAUGAAAGCAGGUUUUUAAAAUUCCGGCUUUUGUUUGAUUUGAUUGGCUGGACUUCCAAUCGCUCUUUAGAAGCUAUUGGUAGUUAACAAUAAGUGGCUCCCUAGAAUCUAUUGGUAGUAUACUACCAAUAGUCAAUAGACACUUUCAUUGUACUACUAAAGGGGCUAAAAAACAGGUUAAAAAAAUAAUUUAAUUGGUUGCCCAUGUAAUCCAUUAAAACCUGUCUUUUUUUUUUCAGUUUUUUUAAAAACACUUGAGGCUGUAAUAAGUAUAAAGUUAUAGCCAUUAGUUUUAAAACAUAGAUUAUUUAAUAUAUUUUGUUGUUGUUCGUCCUUUGACGUGAAGAUGACCAAAGCAAUAUUCAACCUGAGUAGCAGCCUUGACUUGAGCUGUAUUUUGUUUAAAGGGGGGAGAGUUGCUCAAUUUGUCAGCCUGAAACUCUCGUCCUUCCCUUUUUGAUCCAAUUGCAAGACUUAGUUGAGACGGCUGUAAAUAGACCAGGAUGCAGUAGAUAAGCAGCAGUCUCUCUUGUUUGUUUCACUGUGCAUAAAAUAUAUUUUAUAACAUAUUUAAAUUUAAAUAAAAAAGAAAAGCUAUAAAUAGAUUUGACACUUGUUUUUGGUGCAGUGAGAAACUUUAAAGAUAGGGAAUCGCUGUCCUAUAUCAUAAUAAUCAAAAUUGAAACUAGCCAUUAUCAGGGAUAUAUACUACACUCGUGGAAAUUGUUACUAAUAUGUCCCUGAGCUUUUGCUGGUGAAUGCAAGAAGGAAUAACAAAUAAACCAAAGUCUAAAUUGAAAACGACAAUUUCUUUUUUUUUCUUCAGGAAACCCAGCGUCUAAUGGCUGAACCAGUGGCUGGAAUAACCGCUAUUCCAGAUGAACAAAAUGCCAGAUACUUUCAUGUUGUGGUUGCUGGACCAUCUCAGGUAAUGUUAGUGUCCAAGUUUGAAAAUGUAUUAUGAACCUCUGCCAGUAUACUGUCUAGUCCAAUGCUGUUUGUUAUCAUUUGUUUAGCAUACUGUCUAGUCGAGUGUUGUUUGUUAUCAUUUGUUCAGCAUACUGUCUAGUCCAAUGCUGUUGGACACUAAAUAGCCAUCUUCUUGCACAUAGGAAAUGUGUGCUAGCACACAUCCAGGUGUUUCAUUAACAUCAUAAUUAAACACAAUUGUCUAAUGCAUCUAAUAUUUUCAUCCUUAUAACUUUCCAGCUGAUCCAUGAUCCACUAAUCAACUUGAAGAUAGAACUUAAUCUGACUUGGUUCCUUAACAUUUUCAUUGUCAACACCUACAGUUAUAUAUAUUUUAGUAGUAUAAGACAAACAGGUUUUGGAAUAAUUCAUUUUGGUACAAAUGUAACAUGUCUAGAGGGAUGAUUUGUUAUUUUUGUUUGCAAUUAUUUUUACAAAAUUUGAUGAAUCUGAUUACUUUUCUGUUUUUGAAUAAGGUUAUAUUUUAAAUGCCUCAAAAUGAAAUUCUAAUGGCUAAACCAGGGUAGAUCUAAUUGUAAAAGAGGCAAAGUGCUGAUGCAUACUAAAGGCACUUAAUGUUUUGAUAGUUUACACAGUUAGAUAAUGAAUUGCUCUCCGUUUAUCCGUUUAAUUAUUUUCAUUAAGUUAAAGAAAAGGAUAUCUAGAUAGAGUUAAUUAUAUUUAUCUAAAAUAAAUUGAGAAAAUUCAUCUAUGGAAUGAUAUUUAUGUAUUCAAGAUGGCAAUGCUAAAGCUUUCAUUAAUGAUAACUUGUAUUCAUUUAUUUCCAGUCGCCAUAUGAAGGAGGAUUGUUCAAACUUGAACUUUUUCUUCCAGAGGAAUAUCCCAUGUCUGCACCAAAAGUUCGAUUUAUGACAAAGAUUUAUCAUCCUAAUAUAGAUAAGCUUGGCAGAAUAUGUUUAGAUAUACUGAAAGGUAAGUCUGAUGUCUGCAAAAUGUACAGCAUAAAAAAUACUAAGCCUGUUUCAUGUAUUGUUGUUUUUUUUUUUUGUUUCAAAAUCUUUGAAAAUGUUAUUUUGCAAUAACAAAGACUCAAUUUUGAAAAUUUUAUUUUGCAAUGACAAAGAAUCAAUUUUGAAAAUGUUAUUUUGCAAUGACAAAGAAUCAAUUUUGAAAAUAUUAUUUUGCAAUUACAAAGACUCAAUUUUGAAAAUGUUAUUUUGCAAUGACAAAGAAUCAAUUUUGAAAAUGUUAUUUUGCAAAGGACAAAGACUCAAUCUUUGAAAAUGUUAUUUUGCGAUGACAAAGAAUCAAUUUUGAAAAUGUUAUUUUGCAAUUACAAAGACUCAAUUUUGAAAAUUUUAUUUUGCAAUGAAAAAGACCCAAUUCUAAAAAUAUUAUUUUACAAUGACACCCAAAAAUUCCAAAGUAUGUUUCAGCUGGCAUGUUGAAUGUAUUUAUGAAAGUACACAUCAGGAACAUAGCUAGGAAAGCAUAGGUUGUGUGAGAUAAGGCAGCAGGCUAUCCUCAUAGAAACAUAGCUAGGAAAGCAUAGGUUGUGUGAGAUAAGGCAGCAGGCUAUCCUCAUAGAAACAUAGUUAGGAAAGCAUAGGUUGUCUGAGAUAAAGCAGCAGGCUAUCCUCAUAGAAACAUAGCUAGGAAAGCAUAGGUUGUGUGAGAUAAGGCAGCAGGCUAUCCUCAUAGAAAAAUAGCUAGGAAAGCUUAGGUUGCCGGAAGUAAAAGCUUUAGACAUAGCUUCAGGGGUGCCACUUUUCCGGGUCAUCCCGGAAUUCCGGAUUCGUGAGGCUAAAUAUUUUUCAGUUCCGGAUUCGCGAGUUUUUAUAUCCUCUAUUUCCGGAUUCGCCAGUUCAAUUUAUUCAAAUACGGAUUCUGUCUGUUUUUUUUUAAAAAGAAUCAACGUGCAACAGAAUUCUCGAAAAACCAGGAAAAUUCCUUGAAAAAUGGACGUUAAACGCCGAUCUCGUCUAUUUUUAGCCUUUCUGUUGACAGAGUGCUAGUGGUUUCCCCUUGCGCAUGCGCUUUACACUACGCGUUUCGAGUACCGUACUACAUCGAUAGACCAGAAAUAUUUAUUUUCUGUUCACGUCGCCGAUCAAGAGAUAUUUGAAGUGUUUGGUAAGCAAAGUGUAAAAUUUAGUAAAUAACUUUUUAAUUUAGUUUUUAAUUGUUGGGUAACCAUUAUCAUAAAAAGAAAACUACUCGUCCGAGCGCUGUCUAACAAGACUAAGCUUAGCGUACUUUGUUAUGUAGCUUCUUACUGUAUGCAGGCGACUUGUAUUUUUUUUUAUUAGAAGAGCUAGGCGGCGUUUAACGUUUUUUUAAAGACUUCUUAAGUUCACUUGACAUUUAAUUACGGAGUAAGCCUUCUAAUUUUAAAUAGGCUAAUAUGAUUAAGUUAUUUUUAUCCGUUCUGUAGAGAGCCUGACAUAACUGUAUUUAGUUAGUUUUUAUUUAUUAGUUAUGCACUCCCGUGUUCUGACUCUGGGUAUAACUUUACGGUAAUUUGUAAUUCUACUAUUACUAGUAUUCAUAAUGCUCUGUAUUACCGUAGCAGUAGUGCCGUAGUUAAAUACUGGUAUAAUAUAGUCGAUAUUAUUAUUAUGUAUGCCUUACUAUAAACUAUAAAUCUAAUAAGAUAAUAUAUUUUAUUUUGUUUCACUAUUCAGGAUCUCGGCUCAAUAAAAAUAUGUAAUGCCCAACAGUUAACAGUCCUUUAACUUUAAAGAACUGAUGGGCAUUACAGUUACAGUACAGCAAUUGGCAAUCAUGGAUUGAAUAAGCAUUCAAUGAAUACUAUGCUGGAAAUAUUGAUAUCAAGUAUUUAAGGGGAAAAUGUCUGAGUCAAUCAUCUUUAUCACCCAUCUUAGGUGUCCACUUUUGUAACUUCUCAAUUUAUGAAAUUUAUGUGUCAACUAUGAAACUCUCACACUUGGGAGAUAGUAUAGACACUAAAGUGUGUUGAUUCAAACUAUCCAUUUUCAUCAUAAAGAAGACAACAUUAACUCCAUAUAUGAAAAGAUACUUUCCACUUGUGGUAGCUAUACUUUUGUUCUAAAAUGCCCAGAUAACUCAUUGCAAAAGUUGACUUUUGAAGUCUAAGUAAAUUGAAAAAUUGCUAUUGCUGUAAAUUUAAUAAAUACUAAUAAAUGUUUACAUGUAUACACCUUAAUUGCUUAAUUUUGUUCAUUUGUGAUGUAUCUCAAUGUUUUAUUUGAUAAUUUUAUGCUUGUUUUUAUAUUAAUCAACAAAAUGCCGCAUUGCGAUAAUCAGGAAUUUUGAGUUUCAUUAAGUUUCAGGGAUUGAAAAAUUUGUAAAUGAAGUUUCAGGUUUCAAGAAAUUUUUAGAAAGGGAUUUCAGGGUUCACAGCUGUCAGUGAGUGGCACCCCUGCAUAGCUUUUGUUGUGAAAAAAAAUUUGAUCCUAGUUAUUUGUAUCCAACAGACAAAUGGAGCCCAGCAUUGCAGAUACGCACAGUUCUCCUUUCUAUUCAGGCUUUAUUGAGUGCACCAAACCCAGAUGAUCCAUUAGAUAACAGUGUGGCAGAACACUGGAAAACAAAUGAAAAGAGUGCCAUUGAUCAAGGUAGGUUUCCUCAAUUACGGCACUGUAAAAAAUCCAGCGGCAAGUCUAAAGGUGCUGUUCCUUGAACACUUAACAUCCACAAGAAGGGGAGUGGUGUCUUUACAAAAUAGCAUAAAAAAAUAAUACAUGAAUAAUCUCCCUUUAGCUAUGCACAUCUUGCUUAGGUGGAUACAUCAAAACCUUUAAAUGGUAGCUCUUAAAGUCUCAUUUUUUGUCAACCAGUGAGUUUUUAUACACAGCUAUUUCGUGGAAUAAAGGAGUCAUGAUCAAUUUAAUAGCAAUCUAGAUGUCAUUACUACAGAUAAUUCAUGUGUCAAUUAUGGUACCUUUAGUAAAAAAGAUUCUUUGUUCGUCUUGACAACGUCGCUCCGUUUACUGUUUUACUUUUUUCACCAUAAAUGGGGAAGAGUAAUGUAGAGGAAGAGUUUUUUUUAGAUGUAUGCGAUAUCUGGAUACAAGUGUUAAAAAGUAAUUUUGUGUCCUUAUUUUUAUAUGAGGCCAUGUCAAAUGGCCCAGCUAUCCUCCCCGCAACCUUUAUGAUAGGGAUAAGUGCCGUUGGUGAGAAAUUAAAGAAAUACACAAAAUAUGGCAUUUCAGAAGUACUUAUUUCGUCAUGAACCCCCAUAACGGCCAUGAACAAAUUCUAAAUAAACUAAUAAACUUGCGUAUAUUUUGUGAUUAGCUUGAUGAAACGAGUAUUUCAAUAACAGAUUUAUUGUUCUAUGGUAAUGAUCAUAAGUAGUCCAGUACUUUGGCCUAGUUUGACAUGUAAGUAUUAAAAAAAAAACAAAUAAAAGUUAUUCUAAAAUGAUACAAGGCAACACAAAAAAAAUAAACAUUUCAGCUUAGAGGCCAUCCAUGUAGUACCACUACCAACCACAUUUUCACCGCCCCCCCCCCCCCCCCCCAACUGGCAUCAAAAUAAAUUUAUUUAUAGACAGUGUGAUAUUAAUUUUUUGUAUUUUUUGUAAAAAUGUGUCAAGGUUGUAAACACUGUCAGGAGUAGCACAGUGGUUCCCAGAAUUAUUGCCGCGUUGCCAUGAGGUGCAGCAGGGCCAUGCAAAACUUGUCUUUAUAUAAGGCCAUAAUUGUGAAUAAAGGAUACAAUCCAAGACAAGGGGCUCCAAAUUCGACUUGUAACUGUUUUAAGUGUACCCUAGCACUGCUUGUUUUUAGUAUGGCACUCGGGAGUCUGGGCUACCUCGGCGGGUCACUGCAAAGUAUUACAUCAUAUUUUAAUCCCACUAUUAAUCCAAUGUGACAUCUGGUUGGCCUGAUGCAAACCAGCAACUUACUUAAAUAAUCAAGUUCUCAAAUGAAAACAUGAGGCAACAUAAUGACGAUAAUACCUACAAAAUAUUACAUGAUAUAUGUACAGUAUUAUAGAUAUAAAAAUGCUAUUUAUGGACUGUCAGAAUUUCAGAAUUAUAGUGCAGAGUUUUGUAACAAAUGUGCCCAGUAUGUACUUUCAUCUGAGCACUGCUUCCUGCAGUACACAUGUGAACCCAAAAUGACACCCCCCACCACCCCUUCAGUUUCAAGUACCAUUGUGAUGGCCCCUAGAUUUAUGUCAUUUAUACCACAAUAUAUUUUUGUAUUAAAUUUGUUUCUGAACCCAUCUAAAGUACGUGGGGAGUUGUUUCCCUUGGGCUGGGAUUUCAGUGAGUGCUCAGGGUUAAAUGGGGGCAAGUUAUCUGCCUAUCUGUAUGUCAUUUUUAUAUUUUCAUUCUUAGACUUAAACUAAUAAAAUAUGUCCAUCACUUCCUUCUCCUUUAGCCCGCCAAUGGACUCAACUUCAUGCUAAGUCAAACAGUGUCAACAGCCACUGAGAGUGAAUCCGGCCUAGAUUUUAACAUGAUGUUGCUUUAUUUUCCUGUUGUGUUUACAUGAGCUCCGGCUUAAGAUUAUUGGAGCACCGGAUACAGUCGGUACAAUGAAGAUGACAUUUUAUUGUUCUUAGUUUGGGGGGUGGGGGGGCUGAAAGGGAGUGUGAAUGUUCGUGUGUGAAUUUGUGUGAGUUAAUUUAUGAACCUUGCAUGAGGUGGGGGUCAAGAGUGAGUCGUAUCUACAAGUAAAUUUGCACUGGGUAGUUUCAUGCUCAUUCGUCUUCUACUGGACUGGCGGAGAGCAUCAGCGACUUGGCCUUGAUCAAGGCUUUAGUUUUCAAAUAAUCUGGGUUUUGUAUCCUAUCAGUCAGUAUUCUCCUUUGUUCACUUUAUCAGAUUGGGGAGAAUUAUUUAUGAGCCCUUGUUUUUAUGGUCCGAUAAUUUGUUUUGAGAAUAAAAUUAGUAGAAUGCAUUUUUAAUUAUGACUUGCUUGAUUUUAUAUAUUUUUAAUCAAUUAUACUUACCCAAAAUUUCAUCAAUGUGAAAAAUUUAUUUUUCAACACAAUUUAGAAAAGUUUAUCUCCCUGGUGGCUUGCUGACUCUCUGUCUCUCUGCUUACCCAUUGGGUAGAUCAUUUCAAUAAUUGGGUCAUUUAAUGGUGUCUAAUGUCUUGAUCAUGGACAUGCACCCCUGUCUUAGAUGUGAGGCACUGUUUAGUUGGUGACCAUAGUGUACAUUUGGCCAAGUUGCGGAUGUGAGGCACUGUUAAGUUGGUGACCACAGUGGAGAUUUGCCCAAGUUGCAGAUGUGAGGCACUGUUUAGUUGGUGAUCACAGUGCCAGAGAAAACAUCAACAGGUUUUAGUUUUGAGAGUUGUCGACACCCUGGCAACAAUUUGUGUCAGAGGUGAUGACUGGGGCUUGGGUGACACACUGUUUGACCAUAAAUCUAAUGGUAGUGGCUCAUUACAAAAUAGAAAAAUGUCACUGAAAACUAAGCAGCCAAAAUUUGUGUGGAAACACAAGUAAAACAAAAUGGGGUUAUGUACUACAGCUGCAGCGGUCCUUUCAAUGGAAUAUUUGUUUGAAAUAAGUUCAAAUGCAUUAAAAUGUAUUGUAAUCAAGUAGAAAAUGAGUUAGAUCUAGUGGAAGUUAAGAGAACUCAAAUAAAGAGAAAUCAUUUCCUUAAACACUUCACCUAGUGCAGCAGCCAGAUAUUAUCUAUCAAAGGUCAGGGGUGCCGAAACAUGCUUAGAUCAAAUGGCCUGUUAGUGAGUGUGUGCAGUUUCUAAUGACACAAAUUAAUCAUACUGGUAGACUGAACAUUUCUAAAGAUACUUGUUAGUUCAAAACCAAAACAUAGGUCACUGAACAUUUCUAAAGAUAUUGUUAGUUCAAAACAUUUGAUACAGUACAUUAAAAGUACAACAUUUGAGACUAAAUGUAAUUGUCACCAUUGUGAUUAUAGAAGAUGAGAUUUAGAUUAGUCUAAAAAAAUUUUAAUGCCACUCAAGGGUCUGUGAUUGGACACGUCUGUAACAGGUCUAUUGUCAUAAAUUUAGCCACCCUUGCACCAGGUCAGUUGUCGUAGAUUGGUCAGCAAUUCAGUUACCCUUUUAACUUGUAUUAUUUCUUUCAUGUGCAUUGUUUGAACAUGUUUUUGUGUGUGCACAUUUCCACAAGCCAUUGAAUCAAUUCAUUCAUCUAACUACAUUUAUUGGCUAAAUAAAAUAUUUGCCAUUUGA